AUGGCUGAUAGCGAAACGUCGAUGAUUGCCAAUUUUGUCAGCAUAGCUGGCACGGAUGCUGAUCAAGCCAGAUUUUAUUUGGAAGCUUCCAAUUGGAAUUUGAAACUUGCACUUGCAAGAUAUUAUGACCGUGGCGAUGAUUCUUUCGAAGAUUCUGAAGUAUCAACUCAGUCGUUCGUAAGGGAGGACCAGCGUGCAGGUGGUGGUGUCAGGCAGCAGAAACAAAAAUCCAGACCCAAGUUUGCGUCUUCAUCUGAUUAUUUUAAACCGGAUGAUGAUGAGGAAGAAGAUGAAGCUGGACAAGAAUUUUAUGCCGGCGGUUCUGAAAAGAGUGGUCAAGUUGUAAAGGGUCCCCCUAGGAAGAAAACGCCUUCAUCGAUUGCGGAAUCCGUUUUUAAAGAAGCUAAGGCUCAUGGAGCUGAAGCAGUGUCACCUGACGAAGACGAUGGUGAGAAAGCAAAGAUGGCGCCCUUUGGUGGAUCAGGACACCGAUUAGGUGACGAAGACGGACCUUCUACUGGCGCCGCCACGUCCCUCACUAGUUCUCAAGCACCAAAAGAUACCAAAAAGGUAAAUAUAAAUAUACAAUUUUGGGCUAAUGGAUUUUCUGUCGAUGAUGGACCUCUUCGAGAUCCGAAUGAUCCAGCGAACAAGCAAUUCCUAGAAGAAGUUAGUAAAGGCUAUGUCCCUUCUGAGUUAAUGGCGAUGGCAAAAGGCAGAGAAGUCGCAGUUAAUUUGGUAGACAAACGUUCAGAGGAUUACGUCAAGCCUAAGCAAAAAUUAAAAGCUUUUACUGGACAAGGACAUAUGCUCGGAAGUGAUGAUAACGGAGAAGAUAAUGAUGAACAGCCUUUACUUGAUGCCAGAUAUUCAAAUAAUUCAUGGUGGCGUAGCAUGUACAUUGUUUUACAGUUAUUCGUCAUGCGGAUGUUAGUCAAUUUAGGCUUUUUCAGUCCAGCACCGGCGGUUUCUUCUCAAACUUCUUCAACUAGCGCCACUUCAAAUGAACCUCAAAAUACAGUUAAGCCAAACGUUGAUGAAAGCCAACCGACGACUUCGAUAACUAUCCGUUUAUCUGAUGGAACAAGGCUUGUAACCAGGAUGAAUGUAUCAAGCACAGUCGGAGAUUUGAGGCAGUUCAUUAGUCGGGCCCGACCAUUACCUCCCGGUAGUAAAUUCAAUCUAUUGACUACAUUUCCUAACAAGAUUUUGGACAAUGAUUCCUUAACGUUGGAAAGUGGAAAUCUGCUCAAUUCGGUUAUUGUUCAGCGAUUGGCUUAG